CAUCUGCAGAUGAUGAUGAAGUGCCGUGAAUCUGGGAACUUGGUGUCUUGCAUUAUUGAAAACAAAUUGUGUGAUCCAGAGACUGUGAGUCACAACGACUACCUUUUUGAUCUUCUCUUUGAUGAAGAUCUGAGGGAUCUGUUUCGCAUGCUGGAGCAAAAACACAAAGACUAUAUGGCACACCUCUCAAUCAAAGCACAGGAGCUAUUAAAGGAAGCUCACAAAAUGAUUGAGCAACUCAUUCUGGAUAUGGUGGAAAAAUCAAUACCAUGCCAUCUAAUAAAGUGCAUAAUUGAAAGAAAAAAACAGUCAGCUGUCAGCAGUUACUUGCUUGGACAAAGUAAACCCAGAUGGGAAAAGGGAAUAGAAGAAGCAGAAAGAAAUUUCAGUUCCUUUGAAGAAAGGAAACGAAAAGUGAAAGCACUCUAUAAUCUCAACCAAGGCAUGCCAGUUGAUGUAGAACAGCUGGACUCAGAUUUAAAUAUAGACCUGUCAAGGGAGGAACGUUCACUCAAAUCCGUAAUGGAAAUGCUGAGCAGAGAAGAACCUGAAUCAGAGAGUGGCAGGGACACAUACUUAACUAACAUUCAGAUGUUUGAAAAGAUUGAUCUGUUGUUAGAAAGUACACACUUUAAAGAAAUAUGGAUGGAGACCACUAAACGUGUGAAGGAAAUGGACUUUGGAAAUGUUGAAAAAAUCCCUCUUGACCAAGUCCACAGCAGAAUUUACAUACCCACCUUAGAAGAAUUUAGAAAAUCAUAUGAGGGACUCAAGGAUCUCUCAAUGAGUUUGACAGAUUUGGAGAAAAAACUGGGCAAGUUCCUCAAGAGUGGUAUGCAGAAGGAACUGAAGACAAUGGCAGACGUGUUCAGUGAAGAACCCAGGCCUUCCUGGAAAAAGAACACAUCUCAACACAUUAAACGAUACACAGAGCUUCAGUCUGUGAAGGAAAAUGUAGAAGUGAUAAGUGAUCUAAAGGAUCACCUCGGCCUUGGUGGAGACUUUAGAGGGAUUGAUGACUUUGGGCAUAUGGACCACAAGUGCUUGCGUGAUCUCACUGAAGAUGUGUGCAGAGUUGGAGAAACUGUAAAGAAUAUUCCAGAGACGGUUAUCAGUUUUCUGAAGGAAUUUGAUAAAUGUAUCUCAAGAGGAUUCAUUGACUGGAUUAAAGGAAUCAUUAAAGACACUGGAGAGCUGACAGCAUUUGUUGAGCUUGCAUCUAUUUCUGCUGGAGAAAAUGCCAUGGAUAUUGGAAAAGUGUGCUGCUUCAGAGAUGCAAUAUCUGCCUCUACACCUUUAAUAUAUCAGCUCCCUCAGGAAUCUGGAAUUCAAGAACUCCUGCAAGCUAUUUCCAAGCUCACAUCAGCUCUAGAAAACGACCCAAAGCUUAAAGACAAACUGAGGGACUCCUGUAACAACAAAGAGUGGCUGAAAAUAGCCUAUGAGACUCAUGGGUCUGUUGAAAGGUCAUCUUUGCGGCAGGCCACAGACAUAAAUGAGAGUGGUAUUUACAUCAUCCAAAGACCAUCUGAAGCUCAGUCAAAGGUUACUCUGGAAAACUGCAUCACUUUAAGGUGCAAAGAAAGUUCAUCAAAUGAAAAAGAUGAGGUGUAUAAAACGUACAGCCUGGCUGAGCUAAAGGAACUACAAAACAAACUGAUGCUGAUCACUGCUGGUGCUGAAAAGCGAGAGGAUGAAAUCACAACCUAUGUUGAGGUUUUGGAGCAUGUGAUAAACGUAGGGAAGUCAUUCCUUGAGCUGCGUGAUGCUGGACACAUUCUGUUCCAGGACUGGGAGAUGAGAGCAUACUGCCAGCGAAAACACGAUGUGAAAAUCUGGGUGACAUUUCAUAUUACGAGUGUGGAAAUCAAAGGAUACAGACCACUGCUUGAGGAGUUGAAGGGACUCAGUGAAAGCAUGAGAGGCUGUCUGUCUGAAUGGGUAAAAUACAUGGAGCUGAAAAGGAACACGUACUACAAUCUAAAUCACUUCACAGCCAAACAGCUGGUUUAUCUCUGUCGCUCUGUGGCAGAAUUCCAAAAAGAGGAGAAAAUGAGUGCCCGUCUCCUUAACAUGCUGUCCAUUUUUAAAGAAAGCAUUGAAGAAGCCGAUGUCCAAAAUGCUCUCACUAAUGCUCUUCAAACUCCAGUUGAAAGCGGCGAAUCGGGUGCAUCUCUUCAGCUCACGAAAUUCCUUACUGAUUAUCCAGCCAUGAUUGAAUAUUUCCUUGACACUGGGUUUACUGAAGAAGAGAUCAAAGCAGCAAUAAUGUUCUGUGAAAUAGAACAGCAAGCAGAGGGAUCUGCAGACUCUGAGGAGCACAGAGAUGCAGUGAUGGAAUGUAUUGACAGAUACCAGGGUGAUGAAGAGUGGGUCAAAGAAUGGUCCACAAAAUAUGAGGAAACAAGAAAUGAGAUACUUGACACACAAAUGAAAUUCAAAGUUGGACAGACAGCAGAGGAGUCCUUUUCAAUGACAGAAGAACAGACUGCAGCAGCGUUUCAAAACCUGAAAAACUCUGAUGAGAAGAUUGUAAUGCUCUGGAGAACAUACCACAAUAAACUUUCGGGAUUUGUCUCAGACAAGUUUGUAGACCUGGAUGUACUGGGAGAAAUGAUGAACCAUCUGGUCAAAUCUGCAGCAGAAUUCACAGUGAAAAGAAAACUGCCCUUUAACUUGGAGGGGGGUAAACCCUACCUGAUCUCCUGUAAAGAUGCUGAAAUACUUCCACUUUGCCUGUCUCUUUACAAAGAUAAAGAGCAGCCUUUGCCAACCUUUGAUGAAAUUCUGAUCUGCACCCCGGAGACAACAGCAGAAGAGGUUGAGCUGAUCCUCAGAAGAGCAAUGCAGCCCGGCAGCUCACACGAGAAAAUCUACUCUUUAGUAAAAGCAGACAAGCUCAAUCACGACGUGUCCAGAAAGUUUGAGUCCAUUUACUACAAGCUGUCCAAAAAUGCUGGAAACACAAAUUUAAGUAACUAUCGUUUAAUCAUUUUCUGUGACUCAAAGGCCCAUCACAGUUACGUAGCUACGGCUUUUGACAUUUUCAAAACCACAAUUUCCGAGAACCCGAACCGAAAUGAAGAAAUUAAGCAGUACCUCAGACACAAGCAUCAAACGCCAUCUGGAGCCCAGACUGGAUUCACAAGAUUAAAAAGCUCUGAGCAGUUUGAGCUAAGGACAAAACUGAUUUUCUCAGAACAUGCUGGCAUGGGAAAAUCACUUUACGUGAAAAAACAUGUCAGAAUGUCAGAAGAAGAGCUGAAAAAUGAGGGAUUUACUCACAAAACUAUAAGGAUAAGUGAGUCACAGCUGAGGACCGAAAACAUCGCCAGACAGCUGCAGCAAUAUGAGGACAAACCCAUGGAUAAAGUCCCAAGAAUCUUUCACUUUGACAUUCCCCCUGUGGUGUCCAAAGGACUGUACACAUUCCUUCUCCAGUUGUUUGUUCUGAGAUGUUUCCAGAGCCCUGACGGUGACAUCUGGAGGUGCAAUGACUCCCACAUCUAUCUGGUGGAAUACACAAAAAGAAAGCACAGGGAAUGUGAUCAGCACAGCCCUGAGAUUUCAUCUCAGAUGGAAGAAACAUUUCUUGAAAUAUUCCCAUCCGUGAAAUGCCUGUCACCUGAGGAAACUCAAACACAUCUACAGCAAGGACGACCCUGUGACAAAGGAUAUCAACUAAUGGAUCCUUCAGAAUUCGCUAGUGAAGCCUUUCAGCGUACAUAUCAGUACUUUAAAAGAUACAGAACAAAUCAAGUCGAUAGCUUCACUUUCUUAUCUAAAUCCACUGAAGAUUCACCAAAGGAAUGGCUGGAGUGUCUUUUACAGUUCUGUGACAUCAAGAAUCCCUCUUGGGGAGAACUGCGGAAUUUCACACACUUUCUCAACAGCCAGCUGAAGAAAUGCGAAGAGUCCAUAUUCUGUAGUGAUCUUUUAAAAGAUGAUCUGAAAGGCUUCAAGACCUUUGUGGUUAAAUUCAUGAUCACAAUGUCCAAGGAUUUCUCCAUGCGCUCACUUAAAACAUCUGAUGACAGUGAUGGCACAGAGAAAGAUGCAGCAGAAGGCGACACUGUUCUCAAAGAAUUUCAGCUGAGGAGACGUUGGGAACAGCAGGCUCAUCCAUACAUCUUGUUCAACGCUGAGAAGGACACUAUGACAUUUUUAGGAUUCCACAUUCACAAUCUAGAUGCUAUUGACCCUCAAACUAAUACAAUAGUGGAAAAGAAUAUCAUUGAUAGGACACUGUUCAACCAGUUAAGGGCACAAAGGGUACCGUUUAACAUUGACUUUGAAAAGCUGGAUCGCAUCAAUCAACUUGAUAUUAUAAGCAGAGUCCUUGGAGUAAAGAAUGUGAAAGACCCAGAUGAUACCUAUCAGCUGACGUUAGAUAACGUCAUGAAAAUGCUUGCUAUUCACCUCCGAUUUGAGUCUGACAUUCCCGUAAUAAUCAUGGGUGAAACAGGAUGUGGAAAGACUCGGCUUGUGCAAUUCAUGUGUGAUUUGAUGCGAUCAGGUAGGAAAAUUCAAAACCUGAUUGUGGUGCGGGUUCACGGCGGCACAACAUCAGAAAUUAUUUACAAGAAAGUGAGAGAUGCCAUUGAAAUUGCCAAGAAAAAUGAAAAGUGUGACCUGGACACUGUGCUGUUUUUUGAUGAAGCGAACACAACAGAGGCCGUGAAUGCAAUCAAGGAGGUGAUCUGUGACAAGUCGGUCAGUGGAGAACAAAUUGAUGCACCUCGCCUUAAGAUCAUUGCUGCAUGCAAUCCCUACAGGAAACACACAAAGGAGGCCAUAGAGCAACUAGAACGAGCUGGAUUGGGAUACAGGGUCCGGUGUGAGAACACAGAGGAGAAACUUGGCCAAAUACCAAUGAGACAGCUGGUCUACAGAGUUCAGCCUCUACCCCCGAGCCUGACACCCCUCGUGUGGGACUUUGGAAAGCUAAAUGAGCAAACACAGGAGCUCUACAUUACACAGAUGGUUAAGACGUUCUUUCGUAAAGAGAAACUUCCCAAGGAACACCAGCUUUUGUUCACAAAGGUGAUCUCUGUCUCUCAGAAGCACAUGAUGGAGUUAAAGGAUGAAUGCAGGAUGGUCAGUCUCAGAGACAUAGAACGCUGCAUGAAAACUGUCAUGUGGUUUUAUCAUCAAAAAGAGACUUUGUUUCCUGAAAUUGAUAAAAUCAGAGGAGGGAAAGGAACUGUGGAUCAUCUGGUCCGAGCUCUCAUUCUUGCAAUAGGAGUCUGUUAUUUAGCAUCGCUGGAGAACCGAAAGGCGUACCUUAACAGAGUUUCAGAAGCAUUCUCUUUGCCCUACACUGACAUUUACAUAGAGAUUGAGAGUUGCAAAAAAGCAUUCAUUUCGAAUGUGGACUGUCCCACUAAAGUGGCAAAGAAUGACGCUCUAAUGGAAAAUGUGUUCAUGAUGGUUGUGUGCAUGAACUUAAGAAUUCCUUUGUUCCUGGUUGGAAAACCUGGAAGCUCGAAAUCUUUGUCCAAAACAAUCGCUGCCCAUGCAAUGCAGGGUAAGGCCUCUCAAAAUGAACUUUUUAAAGGCUACAAGCAAGCACAGCUGGCUUCAUUUCAGUGUAGCCCACACUCGUCUCCUGAUGGCAUCGUCUCAGUAUUCCGGCAAUGUGCACAGUUUCAGAGAGGCAAAAAUCUGCAUGAGUAUGUCUCUGUUGUAGUCCUUGAUGAAAUUGGAUUAGCAGAGGACUCUCCAAAAAUGCCUCUGAAGACAUUACAUCCACUGCUUGAAUAUGGGUAUUUUGAAGAUGAAUAUUCAAAGGACUCUCCUUCAAUGCAUCAGAAAGAAGAACAUCCUGUUCCUGAACAAAGAUGCACUGGUGAUGAACAUGCAAAAGACUUCAGAAAAGUUGGAUUCAUUGGAAUUUCCAACUGGUCACUGGAUCCAGCAAAAAUGAACCGUGGCAUUUUAGUUCUGCGAACAUCUCCUGUAUCAAAAGAGCUAGUAAGCACAGCUAAAGACAUUUGUUCAAGUGAUAAUGAAAACAUCAACACAGAGAUGGAAUUUUUAAUUCCCAUACUGACCGAGUUUUACUUAAGAGUGCUUGACGAACAGACCAGUGAAUUCUUCGGACUCAGAGACUUCUACAGUCUUGUCAAGCUGAUUGUGUCCUAUGCUACAGAGACAAAUGGGAGACCAUCAGAUGAAGAUCUAACAAGGGCUGUGCAAAGGAACUUUGAAGGUUUGGAUUCUAUAGAUGUUCUGAACAUUUUUUGGGAUGUUCUUAGGGAGACAACAAAUAAAUGUGACACAAUCUCCUUGCUGAGAGAAAACCUUGACAUGGAAACUUCAGGCUUCGCAUCCAGGUACCUUCUACUUCCAACAAUCAAUCAUGCUGCUCUUCAGAUUCUGAAAUCUCAGAAGAUUAUUGAUGAAAACAAUACUGAAGUCAUUUUUGGAUCAGGAUUUCCUCGGGAUGAAGAGUACUCUCAGGUUUGCCGCACUGUAAACAGAGUAAAGACCUGCAUGGAGACUGGAAGACCAGUUGUCUUACUAAAUAUUCAGAGCCUUUAUGAGAGCCUCUAUGAUGCUCUGAAUCAGUGUUAUGUCAAACUAGGGGGGAGUUACUAUGUUGACCUUGGGCUUGGAUCUCAUCGUGUGAAGUGCAGAGUCAAGGAUGAAUUUCGACUAAUUGUCAUUGAAGAGAAAAGCACAGUGUAUGAACAGUUUCCUACACCACUGCUGAACCGUCUGGAGAAACACUGCUUGGAGAUCAGUAAUAUACUCCCAGAGCAUGCCAAACAACUGCAAGUUGAACUGGAAGACUGGCUCAACUCGUUUGUGAAAAACAGUUCCACGGAUAUUUACCAGUCGCAAGAACAUCUCGGCAUCUCCAGGAAAAAACAUGACAUUAUAGUCGGAUACACCGAAGAUAUAUGUGCAUCAGUUCUUCUACAGUGCUGUCCAGAGAUUGUAAAACAGGAACUGGAUCCUGACAAGAGAGAAGAAACUCUCGAAAAGGCAAAAGAAAUGCUUCUUCAGUGUGCAACUCCAGACUCAGUGUUGAGAGCAACAAAGUACAUGGAGAAUUCUGAGAAAUUGCUACAGGUGUAUUUUGCAGUGCAACCACAUGGCAGCCUGAUUGAGAUGCUGGAAAAAUACAGGCAGACCAACAAUAAAGGAAUAUCCAUUGAGGUAUCUACAUAUUCUCGACUGCUUAAUAACAGAGAUGUGGAACAAAUCAAUAAGGAACUUGACAUUUGUGAGGAUCAUUCCCGUCUGUUCCUACUUGAUGAAUUUUACACAGAGCAGUCGUUUUCCCAAACAGUCAGCGAAUUCCUCUGCACUGAUGUAAGAGGACGCAAACUACUGAUACUGCAGACUUUCUUUGAUGAACCAAAAAAAAGUCAGCGGCUUCUCUUCUGUGUAAGACACAGCAUUUCUCAGCUCAGAAGCUUGAUCCAUGCAGACGUUCACUUUGAUGUUGUUCUUCUUACACGACUGCCACGGAUUUCAGGAGGAUGUGGAUACAUUGCUUCAUUUGGAGAUGACUGGAGCUCCCUACAUCUGGAUGAACUUAUCCCAACUCCUGGAUUUCCAGGAGAUAUAUACACACUGCAGCGCAUGACCAUUGCUGAGAUUCUGGAGAAAGAUUUCUCCUCUCAUAAAGAGGCUCAUGAUCAAGACAGCUGUGGAAGCACACCUCCUAAGGAACAGGCUGUCCUGGUUGACUUGCUGUUCCUGGUGAAGUCAUCGUUGCAGAAGGGCAUUUUACUGCUACAUGACAAAUCAGAUAAUGCUCAAAGAGCAACGAAGCGUAUCGAAAUCCUUCACGGAUUGCUGCAUAACAGAUACACUGUGUCUGAAAUUUUCAUACAAGCACUGAAGCGAAGAAUCAUCAGCCUUCUCCACGACCAAGAAAAAAUGGAGGCCAGAGAGAACUGGGUUAUUAAUCAGACCCUGUCUGAUCAUUUUGUUGCUGAAGGUGGCUCUUUUAGACACAUGCUCUGGGUUCAUUUGGAGGACAUUGUAGCUUCAGCUCUAGCCCAGAUUCUGGCCAUUAUUGAUGGUGACAACAAUUUAGAUAACCUGAUUGAUCAGUCUUCUGAAAAGUCUGAACUGUGGUUGAAUGUAUUCCAAGAAAACGAGUGGAAUCUGUUGAAAAUCCCAGUUACUAAGUUUCAGGGCAAGGUAUCUGUCCUGUCCACAAGUGGGCAGAAGAAUCAGUCAAGAACCUGCUGUUUCCCAUUUAGCUGGGUGUUAAAAGAAAGAUUUGAGCAGAUUUGGUCGAAUGUCAUCAAUUUAAAAGGUCCACUGACUAAACCAAAUAAGGAAUAUUUGGAGAAAUUUGAGGAAUACAUCAUCCUGCCUUGGAUCAAAAACAUCAAAAAAGACCAAGAGCUCUUCACCUUGUUCUCUGAAGAUCUUGUGAACAUGUUCAUGCCAACUUACCCAUCUGACCUGAACAAGUCUUUUUCAGAGACAAUCCUCAGACUCACAUCACGUCUCUAUCAUGAUUUAACUGGAGAUGAGCCUGAAAACGUCUCUCUGCCCUGGCUGUAUGUCACUAAUGAAUACAUGCAUGAGAACCAUCAGCUUUUCUACAACCUCUUCCUCCAAGAGAACAAAUUGGUGGCUGCAGGAGAAGCAACCGAGGCACUCAGACAGACACUUCAGGACCUUCAACCAAAGGAGAAUUCACUGAAAGACUUUUCCAGUUGCCAGGCAUGGUUACACAGAGUAAAGUCACUGGCCAUGACUGUGGACCUGAUCAUUUCAGAGGAUUCUUUGGUGACAUGGCAUUCUGAAAAUGCAGCAGAGUUAAUCGCAGAAAUCAGACAUUUCUGGCAGAGUACAUGGAUCAUCUACCUUCUUAUGGAUCAUCUCCUUCAGAAUGAGUCAGAAAUGGAAAAAAAACUGCUGACCAUUCUUGUAAGAAACCUAAUAUUCACAUGGAAGAAACUCAACACAGAGGAAGGAAAGCAGAUGGAGUACGUGGUGGAACAGGUGACAGGAGGACUCAAUAAAUGUAACAGAAAUGCCUGCAAUGUGUUCAAGGUUGUAUGCCUGUACUGUGAUAAGGAUUUCACAGAGGAUGACACAGCGAAACUAAACUGUGGACACAUGUUCCAUAUGUCCUGUUUAAAGGACAACAAUGACACUCAAUGCAGGAAAUGCAAAAAGGAAAUUAAUCAAAACUACAAACCAUGUGGAGCUGUUGAUAAAGAAACCUUCCUGAAGGUGAACAGAUUUAGGAGGAAAUGUAACUCGUUUUUUGUGGAAUUCAUGUGGAACUUUGUCAGCAGCAAAGACCAACUGACUGACAAGGUAGUGAACGUGCUCAUGGACUUUGUGAAAGGUGUCCCAUCAGCUGAAGGUACAGCCGAGCACUCUUCACUUCAGAACAUUAUAAAACCAGACCCCAUCCUACAGUCCUACGUGCUGAAGAUUCUACUGAAAUGCGGAAUGGGAGAAACUGCCCCUCAGUUACAGAGAUUCAUUGAAGAAGUUGUGAAAUCUAAUGAGAGAAAUUCUGAUGAACUGUACUUCAUGGUGGUGCGCAGCAUUGAGGAUCAUAUUCAUUCCUCAAGCCAAGGAUCAAGUCUCAUCAAAAAGGCUAAAGAAUGUCUUGAUUCCUGUCUGUUAGUGAAGUCUGAUGAGGCCAUAAUUUCGCAUGACCUUUACACACUGGCAAAAUUAAGAUUUGCCAUCUCAGUCGCUGCUGACACCAUCACAACUGCACUUUCUGAAGCUGAUUCUGAAGACAAUGAAUAUCUUCUGCAAAGAGUGGAAAAGCUCAUAUUGAACAAUGGAAAUCCAUGGAUUCAGGUAUUCCUGUUACGGAACUUGUGCAACUUGAAUGGAUUCAGCUUUAUACAUCAACUUGGGAGGAGUGAAAUGUUUCAGUGGACAAUACCAAGUGAAGUCUUGGAAGAACAGGGCAAGCCAGCUGAGCAAGUGGAUCAUUUCCUCGUCUAUGGAGAGAUGUAUGAGAAGAUUACCUGUGAAGCUGUCAAAGCACUGGACGACCCAUCAUAUGACGUUACCAUGGUGUUUGAUGAAACCUCUGCAUCUCUUCCGGUGUGUAUGGCUUUGGCUGCAGUGAGGCAAACUACAGUAAACAGAUCUUUAAGAGAUAAUGAAGGUUCCCUGAUGGGAAGGAUGAAGACAAAGUCGAGCACAGAUGGCAAGUGGAGUGAGCUGGUUACUCUCUGUGAAAAAGUUCUUCAGGAUCAGUUAGCAGAGGUCAACCCUGAAGAAUCAAACACUGCUGGACUGUCUCAGAUUGUUUUCCAUACUGCACUGAUAGCAAAACUGUCCACAGCACCAGAAAUGGAGCUGCUUAAGACUCUGUGCUUCAGUCCAGGAAAUGCCAAGGAAUACUUUUUCCCAAGUAUGCCGAGUCCCAUAAAUGAAAUCAAUGACUGGGCAAAGGAUUCAACUGAGAAAGUAAAAAUAUGGGUGUGUAGCUGUGGUGAGCCUGUUUUUAUUGGCGAAUGUGGAAGACCAUGGGUAACAGGGAAGUGCCUUAACUGUCAAAGUGAAGUUGGUGGAGCGAAGCACAAUGCAGUAGAUGGUUUCAAAGCAUUUGAAAACACAGAGGGCAGUGGGAAAGGUCACUGUCUUGGUGACCCGAACAGUCGGAAGGAACUAAAGUGGGAGAGGAAUCUUUGCGGGGCAAAUCUUUGCCUGGUCCGAGCAAUCCUUCACUCAUCCAUGCUCUGGGGCACCACUGAACAACCUGAGGAGGUCCAGAAUAUCAUUCAAACUCAAACUGAUGAUGUCAGGACACACCUCUUUGGUCAUCUUCAAAAGGACAUUGAAUUGCUUGGAAAAGCCAUUGGAAAGAACACUGAAGAUGCUAUAAUGACAGUCCACCUGUUUUUGAAGUUCAUCUUGGAGAGUAGUUCUGAACCAAACAGCAGGAUUCAGAUAACAGACACGGAGGAAAAAAGGCAAGAGUGGGAGGAUUCCAUUCACAAAAAACUGAAGGAUUUCUUUCAGAGUUUUGAGGCACAGUUAACCAGUGUGCAGAGCAACAUUCUGCGAUCGGGUGGAAUGAACACUUUAGCACAGAUUAUCUACAGUAAAGAGCCUCAGCUGAACAAUCUUUCAACCACUGGAGUGUAUAACAAUCCACUGCUGUGGAGUUUCGAGCAGAGAAUGACCAUUCAGCAACUGACUACCUUAAUCGAGCAGAACGACGAAAGGAAAAAUGUUCCAGUUCUCUCAGAACUCCUCAAAAAUCAUUUCCACAUUCCAUACAUCAGAUAUCUACCUCAGGUUCUGAAUCUUCAGCAGAAACUGAUGUGCCAGUUUAAAAAUGUGGAUCUGCAGUGUUACAAGGAUGUGUCCAUAAACACAUUUAUGAAGGAGCAUGUAGCAGAGGAAGAUGCGAAACAGGCUUUCACUGACAAUGCUGCAGCUAUGGAGAAGAUAUGGGAGCAUUUGAAAAAAAUAAAAUACCCUAAGUUACCACAGGAACUAAUGGACAAAGAUGUGACAGAUUUAAUGAUUCUGGACUUCCUACCAACGGAAAGAUCUGUUGCUCGGACUAUAACGGAGUACCUUGUAAGAACACAAAACGAUUUCAUAAACCUUGCCAACCCAGGAGCAGACAGGUUAAUUGGUGCCAAUGAAGUCAAGCCAUCUCAUGUAAUUACUUGUAUUCCUGAGCACGAUUUCCUGACUACUGCAAUUUCAAACAUCGACCACAUGGUAUACGAGGACGGGCAAAAAAGUACAAACUACAACUUUAAAGCUGUAGAAAGACAGCUGGUUGACCGAUUCUUCAUGGAGAAACCCAUUAUCAAACUCUCUACACUUCCUGUAUAUGAAUACAACACUGGAACCACUCUCCGUGCCUUCUUCAGCACAGUGAAAGACCAGCUGGAGCCCCUGAAUACCAAUGACAGAAACUGCAUUAUGAGCGAUUUCAGAUUCCUGAACGAGAUCUCUUCAGCUCUUUCAACCCUGAAGAUUGCCAUUGGAUUUAUGAAGCUCUCAUUUCCUCCACCAGACCAGUUUCUCAUGACAUAUUUGAAGAAAGACUUGAAACUGGAGGACAAAGCGCAGAAUUUGAGCUUACCAGUGCUGAGAACCAGCAAAGUAAAACACAUUCAGUCUUUGUGGGAGGUUUUGUCUUUAAGACAAUCAUCGCUACUCAUUGAGAUGAAUCAGAAUCCAUUCUUCAUGAUAGAGGAUCAGCGUUUUCAUGAAGUUUUCACAGAAGAGCAAAAGAAGGAGAAGAAAGAAAUUCUAGCUCAUCUCACGAACAUCGAUGUCCUCAUCACUGAGCUCCACUAUGUGAUCAUGAAUAUCAAGCUCAGAGAAGUCCCUCCAGGAUGGACAAUUAUUGAGACCUUUGAAGCCUUUGUUGACUUCAAUGAGAUUGACACCAAGGCCGAGGAGUGUCUGAAGGAUCUUCAGGACCUGAAGAUGACCCAUGGCACUGCUCUGUGGAAACUAGCUGUGCAGAUAAAGAAGGGUGUUAAAGGCACUUUCUCCAAGUGAAUAUAAAGGGUAUAAGCACAAUUAUCCAACCAAGUAAUCAAGUAAUGUUAAUGUUCUAUGGAAUCUUUAUUUUAUACUCUCUGAUUCAUCAUGUGAAUAGCUUGACAGUCAAAAAUUACAAUUUCCCUAAUUAUUCAUAUCUUUGAAAAAAAUCCUGCUGUCUGCAUUUUACUGCAUGUGACAAUGAAGACUCCUUCCUGUUGUUUAUCAAAAUAAAUUUAGCAUGUGGCUAUGUUCACAUUACCAGGCUGAAGUGCCUCAAAUUAGAUUUUUUGCACAAUGUGGUUCAGAUCUGAUUUUUUUCAUGGCUGUGCAUAUACAUUUUUUUUUCCUAAUCAGAUGCUUCACAUAUGAGCUGUUGACUCAUUUAUUUCAACUUUAUAAAGCUAUGAGUCGUGUCUCGAAUAUGCCGUUUUUUGUUGUUGGUGAAGACUGCGAGGUUUAUACACCUAUCAGUGUGCACAUGUGAGGCGUUUCAGGGACAGUUUCGUUCACAUUACACACAGAUACAGAUCACUUACAUUUAUGAAGGUAAACCAUCAAGAUAGCCAAAUCCAAUCUGAGCAAAAAAUCAGAUUUAGCAAUGUGGCUUGUAAUGUGAACGUAGCCUAACUACUGUAAUGUGUUUCUCUACUAUCUGUAAUUUUACUCAUUCUUUUAUUGCACUCAUUUGGAAGAGGUUGUUUUACUUGCUAUAAAAAAUACAACAUUAUAAAACAAUAGCCCUAAAGAAAACAGUCACACAAUUAAAAUGGCUAAAAUUAUAUAAACAGCUUUGAAAUGAUUCAGACUUGAAUGAAGACCCCUCUUCAUUCAAUUCUGUUAAAACACAGAGAGGAUCUUAUCCUUCAGAGUAAGCUAAAACCUGAAAUAUUAAAUUUGCUAUUAGACAUUUAAAAUUUGCUGAGGUUAUUUGAGAAAUGUAUGACAUGAUUUAAGUAAAUGAAAAUGGUGAAAGUUUUUUGGAUGCAGGGGUUUAAAAAUAACGCUUUUCUUCGCUUGCUGUUCUAUGAAUAAUUAUUACUGUACUUCUCUUUUCAAGCAAAUAAAUACUGAAUAAAAUGCA